AUGAAGUCAACGGAGGUGGACCACGGGCUUUUCACAGACAGCUACUGCAAAGUGUGCAGCGCUCAGCUCAUCUCCGAGUCCCAGAGGGUCGCUCAUUAUGAGAGUCGGAAACAUGCCAACAAAGUGCGGCUGUAUUACAUGCUACAUCCUGUGGAUGGAGGCUGCCCUGCCAAGAAGCUCCGAACAGACAACGGCAGCGAUGAGGGCGAUGUGGACAAGAAUAAGUGCUGCACGCUGUGUAACAUGUCCUUCACCUCAGCAGUCGUCGCACAGUCACACUACCAAGGUAAAAUCCACGCCAAGAGGCUAAAACUACUACUGGGGGAACAGCCUGUCAUCACAACAAAAGAAGUGUCCCCCAGUCCUGUAAAGAGCUCCCCAGAAACAUCUCCCACGACCUCCCCGCGACAGCGCCGUGACUCGGACCGCUACUGCCAGCUAUGCAACGCCUGGUUUAACAACCCUGGCAUGGCUCAGCAACAUUAUGAUGGCAAAAAGCACAAGAAGAAUGCUGCCAGAGCAGACCUGCUGGAGCAGCUGGGCAAGACCCUGGAUAUGGGAGAGAUGAAAGGUCUGAAACGGAGCUAUACCUGUGAAGUCUGCAGCAUCACACUGAACUCUGUGGCACAGUACCAUGCACAUCUGCAGGGCUCAAAGCACCAAAACAAUCUGAAGAAUCAGAUAUGUGUCCAGUGAGCAUGGGACGAAGAUAAAAACCAACUAUUGGAUUGAUGUCAGACAAGCUGUGAUCGGCUUGCCCUGCUUUUUCUGCCUCUGCCCUGCUUCUGCUCUUCUCCACACCUCAAUUCAAUUCCUCUCUCUCUCCUCUCUUCUGUCUUUCACUUUGUUUUGGCUGCCCCGACAAGGAGGAAAAUAAAGAGUUUGUUUUUUUCUUUUUUGCAACACUCUGCACUGCAUCGACUUUCUUACUUGUCAGUAUACUGUACACUUUAAACAGCAUUUCUGGCCACUCUUAAAUCAUUCACCUUUGACAUUCCACUGCAGCUGUUUACUGUGGGUUUUUGUUGUUGUUGUUUUUUAUCCACUGACAGUCUGCAAGCAUUAAAGUGGAUCUGAUACAUGCCAGCCUUUCUAAAACUGCAUUCUUCUUUAUUUUCCACAGGAUGCUAAGUGCUUUAAGUGGAAUAAUGACUUGACAAUAUGGGGGUUUGCUUUUACUUGAAUAUAACAGAGCAUAUUUAUUUAAAAGAAAGAAAAACAUGUAUAUGAUUUAGCAUUGUGCGCUUUAACUAUGAGUGAGUCAUUGUCUUUGCCCUCAGAAUCUGUAUUAUACACACAAUGCAAAUCAACUCUAAUGCUUUCAUUGCAAACAGGCUUGCAGUGGAGCUAAUUUCCCUUUACAUCUUAAAGGGGUUGAUGGCAAUAAUGACACUGGUUGGACUCUUACUAUACAUUGUCAUGGUUUUGUCUUGUGUGGGCUGUACUGAACAGAUAAUGACUUCUGUCAGGAGACCAGCAGAAUGAAUAUGAGGCAUCUGCAUCUACACUGAAACAGAAGAUCUUUCCUAGAUUUUCAUAGUUUACCAUUUCUAUAUGUAACAUUGUUAUCAGUGAUAAUAACAUUGCUCUCACCAAUGUAUUGCUGAAAUCUAGGAAUAGCAAACACUGAUACAAAGAGGUCUGACACUGACUCUGAAGCACAACUAGUCAGAUAAUCAGAUAAACAAACAGUGAAGUAUUACCCACACUCCAUACACACACCAGUUUGAUUACUUAUAUAUAUUUGUAUAUAGUUCAUGUUCCACAAAAUGUUCUUUCACAGACUGACCUUGACCUACAGUUCAGUGGUACAGUCUGCAAUGAGGGAUUAUUACUGACAUUCUGGACAUGGUUUAGGUAAUCUGGCUAAACUGUUGACUUGUUUACAACCUGACUCAUCACCUGACCGCUCAGGUUUCUUGCCCCACUUUGUUGUACUAAUUACACUAUGUUCCUACUGCAUAUCUCAGCAAUGACUUUGGUGAAGACAUUGUUAUAACCUAUAGAACUAAGUCCAGUUAAAUCAAAACAAAAAAUAAUUAUUUAAUUUCUCCUGGUUUCCAGAUAUUAGAAGACAUGAUCUCUUCCACAAAUUUUAAAUGCAAUUUUUCUUUUGUUGUAUAAUGACCACAUGCAGUUUACUGUAUGUGCUCAGUGUUAUAGGAUUAGAUGUGUUUGCUCUAAUCCAGUGUGUCAGAUUCAGUGAGCUCUAUUUACAGAAAAUGGCAGAAAUUGAAUAUUCAUAACUCUGUUUUCAUGAGUGUAGAAUCACCUUAAAAUAAUGGGUAUGUCUGUUCUAACUUAGAAUGAGAUGCUUCUAUCAACGGCUGCUGCGAGUUUUCUUUCACAGUCCACCAUGUUGAAGUACCAUCUUUCUACAGAAGCCCAGAACAGACAAACUAAGCUGGCUCUAGGUCAUUUGGCAGCCAUCAUAGUUUUUCCUUCACACUAGGGUGAGGUGAGGAGGUUGCUAUCAGCAACUCUAUGGAUAGGUGCCACUGAAUCUGACAAACUGGACCUUUAAGAUGCUUUCAUUUCAAUGUGGUCUUCAUCUCAGGGAGGUGUAACUGCUUGCUUUAGUGAAAUUUAACACUUCUGUUGAGUCCAACAUUCAUGUGUACUAAACCCAUUCCACUCCUGAGCCUUGUAGAAUGUGUUGCUAGAUAAGGAUAAGUGGGGUGAACCAUAAUUCUAAUGGUUCCACAAAAAGAAUAUUGAUGUGUUUUAAAGGGUAAAUUAGCUUUAUUAGCCAUAGAUCAUGUUGGAAGCUAAUGUAGCAUUUCUUUCUUACAUGUCAUAUAAAUAAAUGACAGAUGUUGACUUUAAAGCCAGUGUUGUAUAAAUGAGGAAAUUAUAAAUGAAGAUUACUGUUGUGGAUCCGAUUUAUUUGUAAUUACUAUAAUUACUAUAUUUACAUUUGAA